UCUCCGCCUCCGCGUGCGCUCCCCACCCCACCCCACCCUCCAGACCUGACUUAAACUGACUCUUCUCGACUGUCUCUCGUCGCCUCUUGCUUCCUCUGUUCGACAUACUCAGACAGACUUCCCACGUUAUUAAUUUCCAUGGUUAAUCCCCAUCACAGUUGAGGGAACGGUGAAGAGUGUUGGUGUUGGAGCCUUGAAGGAAGUCAAGAUGGGUGAACAGAAGCAAAGUGUGCCAGUGCUGCCAUGGAUGCGGGACCCUGUUGAUGUCACACUAUCUGAAGAAUGCCCCCUCGAAUGCGUUCCUUGUCUUCACCCCAAGUUAAAGUUGGCAUUGCAGAAUAUGGGCAUCUCUAGGCUCUUUCCUGUGCAAGUUGCAGUCUGGGAAGAGACAGUUGGGCCUGGUAAUUUUGAGCGAGACCUUUGUAUAAAUUCUCCUACUGGAAGUGGAAAAACUUUAGCUUAUGCCCUUCCAAUUGUGCAAAUGCUGUCAAACCGUAUAGUAAGAUGCUUGCGUGCUUUAGUGGUGGUGCCCACUCGCGAUCUUGCCUUGCAGGUUAAAGAAGUUUUUGAUGCCAUUGCAUCUCCUCUAGGUUUGCAUGUUGGCUUGGCUGUUGGUCAAUCUUCAAUAGCUGAUGAGAUUACUAAUCUUGUGGAUGUACCGGGAUAUGAAGCAGGCAUGUGUUAUGAUCCAGAAGAUAUAUCACUUCAGUACCAACUUGGUUUCCAAAGUAAGGUGGAUAUAUUAGUAGCUACCCCUGGAAGGCUGAUGGAUCACAUCGCUGCUACUAAAGGGUUCACACUUGAGCAUCUUUAUUAUCUUGUAGUUGAUGAAACAGAUCGACUUCUUCGAGAGGCCUACCAAUCCUGGUUACCUACAGUAUUGGAGCUGACUCGAUCUAAGGACAAUAAUAUUUAUCCGCAAGCUGGUCCUUUUCUUCUUAAUUCAUUUAGUGCAUUGAGCACUAGAAGGAGAUGUGGUGUUGAGAGGGGAUUUAAAGAUAAACCUUACCCCAGGCUAGCAAAGAUGGUUUUAUCUGCAACAAUAACCCAGGACCCAGGCAAGCUUGUUCAACUUGAUCUACAUCACCCAAUAUUCUUGAAAGCUGGGCAGAUGCGUUAUAGGCUUCCAGAAAAUUUGGAAUCACUUAAACUGAUCUGUGACACAAAGGUCAAACCAUUGUAUUUGGCUGCCCUUUUAAAAUCAUUGGGAGGAGAAAAAUGCAUAGUGUUUACAAAAUCUGUGGAUUCAACACAUCGUCUGUGCAAAUUGCUGCACUAUUUUAGUGAUCUUCAAUUUAAGAUCAAGGAGUAUUCUAGUCUACAACGUCAACGUGUAAGAAGUAAGACAUUGAAGGAAUUUCGGAAAGGGGAGUUUCUAGUGCUAGUGUCUUCUGAUGCAAUGACCCGUGGAAUGGAUGUUGAGGGGGUGAGAAAUGUUAUUAAUUAUGACGUGCCGAAAUACAUUAAGACUUAUGUUCAUCGAGCAGGUAGGACAGCAAGAGCUGGCCAGACUGGACGUUGCUUCACACUGAUGUCCAAAGAUGAGGCUAGACGAUUUAAGAAGUUGUUGCAGAAGGCUGACAACAGUUCUUGCUGUGAGCACACUUUGCCCUCCAGUUUGAUUGAAGAACUUCACGCUAAUUACCAAUCAGCACUGAAAAGAUUUAAAGUGACAGUUUUGGAAGCCGGAAAGAAACGCAAGAGCAGUUCAGAGGCGUCCCAAGCAAAGAGGAUGAGAAAGAGCACACAGGGGAAUAGCUGCUUAUACGCUAAUCUUGCAGUUUAUGAUCCUUGGGGAAGACAUCCAAGCAAAUGAACCAACAAGGAAAGUUCUACAAUGGAAGUUACACUGAGGCAUGGUAUGUUGUAGUGGAAGCUAACGAAUACUGCGAUUCUUUGGGGGCUUUUUAGGAUGUUUGCUGAUAAAAUGACGACAUUCAACAUGAUGGUUGGUCAAGAAAUUAGAAUGUUGACAUGUUUAGUUUUGACAAGAACUUAAUGGCAGAGUUUAGAAGGGAUAUGGCUUCAUCUUGUUCUUGUCAUGGAUGGGGCUGAGUGAGAGCAGGUAAAAUCUGUGGCAACACCAAAAGGACAUGAAGCUCGAUUUGUAGAAAAUUUGAUAGCACUAUAACUUUUAGUUUCCUUUUGAAGAAUUAUAAACAGGGAAUAUUCUACACAAAAACAUUAGGCAUGGUGAGUGAACAGGGCGUGAAAAAUUUGAUCCAUGUAUUGUCAAAGUUCCACUAUUGUAAUGUUGUUGUUAUUAUUAUUUUUUGGGUCCUGUGUUA